UCUCUAUAAAUUUUGAUCGAAAACGAUCAAAAUGGGUCGCAGACCAGCAAGAUGCUAUCGUUAUUGUAAAAACAAGCCAUACCCCAAGUCAAGGUUCUGUCGUGGUGUUCCAGACUCAAAAAUUAGAAUCUUUGAUCUUGGAAGAAAGAGGGCACCAGUUGAUGACUUUCCACUUUGUGUGCAUAUGGUCUCUGAUGAGUGGGAACAGUUGUCAAGUGAAGCUUUAGAAGCUGGUCGCAUCUGCGCAAACAAAUACCUCAUUAAGAUGGCAGGAAAAGAUUCUUUCCAUAUUCGGAUGCGACUUCAUCCCUUUCAUGUUGUCCGAAUUAACAAAAUGUUGUCAUGUGCAGGAGCUGAUAGGCUCCAGACUGGUAUGAGAGGUGCUUUUGGAAAGCCACAAGGCACAGUUGCACGAGUUCACAUUGGGCAACCCAUCAUGUCUGUGCGAUGCAAGGACAACCAUAAGCCAAUUGCAAUUGAGGCUUUAAGAAGAGCCAAAUUCAAGUUUCCAGGAAGACAAAAAAUUUUCAUCUCAAAGAAAUGGGGCUUUACAAAAUGGGAACGUGAUGAGUACCUCAGUAGAAGAAAUGAUGGCACUUUGAUGCCAGAUGGUGUGCAUGCAAAGUAUCUUCCACCCCGUGGCCCACUCAGUGCAUGGAAGCGCAGGGUUCAAAUCAGUGCCUAGUUGUAAAUCAAUGUGAAAAAACAUUUGAAUGAAUUCAAUCAAAAGUA